ACAAAAUGUAGCAAAAUGGCGAACUAACCGUAUGGAACACGUGCAGGACUGAGCACGUUAGUUUUUAAAGGUUUUUAGUUGUAAAUUAUUGUUUCGUCCGCUGUCAAACUAUUAAUUGAACGCAGCAUGGUAAAGUCCAAGAAAGCUGCUCAAAAGUUGGCUAGAAAGUCGGCCCAUUCUAGACCCAAAGAAGUGAAAAACAAUCCUUUUGAAAUUCAUACCAACAAGAGAAAACAUGAUAUACUCGGAAGAAAGCUCAAACAUGAUACGGGAUUGCCUGGGAUAUCUCGAUCAAAAGCAAUAAAGAAGAGACAGAAGACACUUUUGGUUGAGUACAAGCAAAAAAAUAAGGCUAACAUGUUCAUUGAUCGCCGCUUUGGUGAAUACGAUGAGAAGAUGACACUUGAAGACAAGAUGAUGAAGAGAUUUACUAUGGAGAAGAAGCAUCAUCAUGAACGCCAUGGAAAGUAUAGACUGGAGGAUGAGGAACUGACUCACCUUGGACAGUCACUUGGUGAGAUUGACAAAUUUGAAGAUGUCCAGCUGAGUGAUGAUGAUGAUGAUGACAAUGUCGACAAGGAGGAUGCUGCUGAUGACGUAAAAGAGUUACACUUUGGUGGCUUUCUCACAAAGAAAAGCGCAGAUGACAAGCAGACUGCAGAAAAACACAAGAGUAAGAAAGAGAUCAUGGAAGAAGUAGUUGCCAAAGCCAAGAUCAAGAAGCAUGAACGUCAAAUGGCAAAAGAGGAAACAGUCACAUUAAGAGACAAGCUUGAUAAGGACUGGAAGAAAAUACAAAAUCUUGUCUCGCAAAUGGGGCCUCACAGUGAAGAGACAUCAACUUCCAAGGCAGAUGAUUAUGACAUUGCAGUCAGACAACUGGCAUUUGAGCUUAAAGGCAAAGCCACUGACAGAUUAAAGUCAGAAAAUGAGAUUGCCAAAGAAGAACAGGAAAGACUCAACAAAUUAGAGCUUGAACGGCAAAGAAGAAUGAAAGGUUUACCUCUUGUGGACAAGAAACCUAAACACAUAUCAGCUGAUGACCUCGGUGACAGCUUCACACCAGCUGAAGAUGACAGAUGUUUGUUAAGUUAUCAAGAUGGGUCAAUGAUAAAUGCUGAGGAUGAAGGUAAUGAUGAGUUGAAUAAUACUGAUAACAGCGAUGAAGAACUUGAUGAAAGUGCGUCCAAUGAAGGAGAAGAUCAAGAAGAAGAAGGUGAUAAUUCUACUGGUGAUGAUGAUGAUGAGGAUGAUGACGAUAUGGAAAAUAAUGAAGAAGAAAGUUCUGAGGAUGAUAAUGGUUCUGACCUUGAAUCUGAAGAGAGCAAUGAUGAACUGGAUAACACUGACUCAAAAGCACUAAUGAAAAAAGAACAGCAAGAAAACAUUCUGCAGAAAAACAGGCCCGAAGCCGACCAGUCAAAGAAAGAGCUGCCAUUUACAUUUAAAGCACCAAAGUCAUUUGAAGAGUUUAAAGAACUUAUAGAAGGCUGGUCGUAUAAAGAACAGUUGACAAUCAUUGAGAGGAUCAAGGCAUGUCAUAAUCCGAAGAUAACUCCUGAAAAUAAACCAAAAAUGGAGGCCUUGUUUAGUAUUUUGUUGGAGUACGUCGGUGAUCUCUCGCUCAUGGGUUCGGCAGGACUCAAGAUGAUUGACAAGGUGACACGACAUCUGUUUGAUGUGGCGCAGUAUUCUCCCGUUCACUCCGCUAAAUGUAUGCAGCAGAUUGUAAAGGAUAUACACAAACAGUUCACAGAGAAUCGAGACAGACAAGGCGGGAAAGGAAUGUUCUUGGGUCUUCCUGAGUUGCUGUUCCUUCGGAUUGUAUCCAUGUUGUUUUCCACAUCAGACUUCAAACACUCUGUUUGUACGCCAGCUAUGGUCCUGUUAUCUCAGGUGUUGGCACAGAGUCCAGUGCGAUGUAUGCGAGACGUGUUCAGAGGUCUUUUUGUCUGUGACCUGUUCCUUGAGUACGUAGCUUUAUCAAAGCGAUUCGCUCCUGAAGCCGUCAAUUUUUUAGGUGGAAUUUUGUUCUUGGCUUCCAAGAAAGAGAGUCCUACGCCUCAACUUGUACUCCCAUUUAAAGACAGUAGCAAAUGGCGAGAUCUUCUUAAACUUCAAUCGGAUUCAAGCCCUGUUACUGUCAAACCUUUACCGCUGACAACGACCCUCGGAGAGAGCACACAAGAUGAACUGACGAGUGACGAAAUAAGGGUUGACUCUCUAAGCCAUUGCCUUUCUACCUUGGACCGAUUUGUUCACUUGUACCAAGACGUGCCGGCUAGUUUUGAGGUUUUUGCUCCAGUGAAAGAACAUUUACAAAGAAUACCGGUGGAACUUUAUCCUGCUUCUGUUAAGGAACUUCACAGUGGUCUUCUGACGACAAUAAAUGAUCUCCAUGACAAGAGCUUGACUCGAAAACAUCUCACGUUGCAAGCACGCAGACCGGAAGCUAUCAAGACAUUUGAACCCAAGUUUGAAGAUCAGUGAGUUCUACAAUAGUUUCUGUUUCUUCCAGCUUGAUUCUAAAAAGUAAUGGUUUGAAGAACGAUAGUUACCAGAUAGUAGGAAUGAGUAACGGCAACUCACAGUCGAAAAAUCUGGGAUGUAAUCCGGGAAGUGAUCCCAAUAGCGGCCUAUGCGGAUAGGCUCUACCCGAAAGGGGUGCCUUUUUCAGGCUAUAUGUCUAUGAAAAGGUUGUGAAUGUGAUGUUACAAGUUGAGGUAUAUGUAAAGGUAUAGGGAAAUCUGUCAUUUAUGUAUAACGUGAACGGAAACUGAGUAAAUGACACUUGUACUUUUGGUUAACAUCUCUUCUGGUAAUACUUGAUGUUCUCCCAUAGUGUUGUUCAUUGACUUCUUUCCAAGGGUUUAGGAAAGGGAUGCAGUGUUCUUAAGUA